AUGCUGAGUCCAGAAAAAUCACGAACGUCUGUGGUUGUGAAAGACGCCCCUGAAUCACCAGAAGCGGAAACCUUGAGGGACGGCAUUGUUGAGAACUCUGUCAACGCCGAACCUCCUCAAGAUCCUCCUGCUCCUCCACCAUCUGCAGAGGAGCAUGCAUUGGACGCGUCCAUUGCGGCUAGUAGCAUCCGAGGUAAGGUGGGAUACUUCUUCAUGUAUGCUGCGUUCUCGGUGUCGCCGUACUAUGGUCUUUUGCUUCAGCACAAGGGUUUUGCGCCCAUGGCUGUUGGAACCGUCGUCGCUUUCAUGCCGCUUAGCGUCCUCGUAAUACUUUCCCCAUUGUCGUAUUUAGCCGACCGAUAUCACUGUUCAAUGAAAAUUCACAUGUGUGGUGCAGUUGGCUCGGCGUUGCUCAUUUCCUUCGUUGUACCCACUUCUUCCCAUGUCCUCCUUGGGUUUCUUCUGGUGCUGCACUUUGUCUUCCGCACGCCUGUGGGACCCUUCAUGGAUCAACGGACCAUGUCUAUUCUACCUCCAGAUCGAAAAAUAGAGUGGGGACCGAUGCGCUCCUACGGGGCCUAUGGAUGGGCGUUUGGCGCCUUACUCAUUUCUGUACUUAUUGGCUGGAGUGACUGGUGGGGACUUGCCUUGAUGUAUGUUGUGGGCAUGACUAUUGCGAUGUACGUUGCCUUUACUAUUGUGCCACACGAUGAACCGGAAUAUGCCCAAAAGAACUACCUUCAAGUGCUACGCUACGUCUUGUCACACAGGCGGUUGUUCACUUUUCUUUCAGCACUUUGUUGUAUGGGUAUGGGUUACACCCUCAUUAGCACAUUUUUGUUUGUGUUUCUUGACACUAUUAACGCGCCAACCAUUUUACUUGGCCUUUCUGUCGUCAUGACGGUUGUUGUUGAGAUCCCGCUUUUUCAAUGCUCCAAGUACAUCCACGAGCACUACACGGAUCGGCAACUCCUCUCUGUUUCAUUCUUUGCAUGGUCUGUGCGGGUGACCGGAUACUCGUUUUUGUACAAUCCCUGGCUCGUGUUAUUCCUUGAGCCAUUACAUGGAUUUACGUUUGGUCUCAUGUGGUUGUCUGGCAUGCACUUUGUACGGCAUGCUUUUCCCAAAUCACUCUCCCAUUCCUCCAUUGGAUUCCUCAGUGCCACCGCGUUCGGCAUCGGACCCGUCAUGGGCAAUCUUGUCGGUGGAACACUCUAUCAACACUUGGGUGCACGAGGCAUGUUUCGGCUCAUGGCGCUGUUCAUGCUUUGCAUUGGCGUUGUUUUUCUGCUUAUAGACAGGUACUUGGAACGUCACGGCUACAGAGUCGAGGCGGAAGAGGAGGAGAAAGUGACGGCAGUGGAAGUUAUGGUGGAGAGUCCUGCUCCUGUAACGGCAGACGAUGCAAGGGAAUGA